CGUGGGACGCUGGGACUCAGAAGUUGACGUGUUAAAUAGUAAAGAAGACGAAGACCCUGCUGUUUCCUGUCUCACCAGAGAAGCUGACGUGAAACACUGGGACGCAGAAGUUGACGUUAAGUUGUAAAGAAGACAAUGCCCCUGCUGUACCUGACCCUCAUCAACAAUGACGCCUCUGCACCAUGAGUUGUUGAUCUCUUCAUAGAUAUCAGGGCUUCAUCGUGCUGGGAGGAGUCCCGCAUAUCUGGCAACACCAAGAGUGGCUUUGUUAAACGCUUCAUUGAGGCAAGAUGGGAGAUUUCGAAGAGCUCAGCGAUCAGGAGAAGGUCCGUAUUGCAAGUAAUUUUGUGGUGCACGCUCCUCCAGGAGAAUUCAAUGAAGUUUUCAAUGAUGUACGGAUACUGCUUAACAAUGAUAAUCUUCUCAGAGACGGUGCAGCACAUGCCUUUGCCCAGUACAACAUGGAUCAGUUUACCCUUGCCAAAAUUGAGGGAUAUGACGAUCAGGUUCUGAUAACAGAGCAUGGAGAUCUUGGUAACGGUCGCUUCUUUGACCCUCACAACAGGAUCUCCUUCAAGUUUGACCAUCUUAGGAAAGAGGCCAGCGACCCAAAGCCCCAUGAGGGCGAGGCAGCCCUCAGGUCAUGGAGAGAUGCCUGCGAUUCUGCUCUGAGGGCCUAUGUUAAGGAGCACUACCCCAGCGGCAUAUGCACUGUUUAUGGGAAAACAAUUGAUGGCCAGAAGACCAUUAUUGCUUGUAUUGAGAGUCAUCAAUUUGAGCCCAAAAACUUCUGGAACGGGCGCUGCCGGUCUGAAUGGAAGUUCAGUGUCUCGCAGUCUACGGCACAGGUGGUUGGAGUCUUGAAAGUACAGGUACAUUAUUACGAGGAUGGAAAUGUGCAGCUGGUCAGCCACAAAAAUGUACAGGAAGCACUGACUGUUUCUAAUGAGAGUCAGACUGCAAAAGAGUUGGUGAAAAUUAUUGAGGAUGCAGAGAAUGAAUACCAGGUGGCCAUCAGUGAAAACUAUCAGACCAUGUCAGACACCACGUUCAAAGCCUUACGCAGACAGCUCCCAGUCACCCGCACCAAGAUCGACUGGAACAAAAUCCUGAGCUACAAGAUUGGAAAGGAGAUGCAGAAUGCUUAGAAGGACAGAGGCUGCUGGGUUUACGACAAACUGAGAAGAUGAUGCUCGCGCAAAAUGUGUGAUGCAACAUAACGUACUGUACGUUCCUCUAAAAGAGACAGUUGUUCCAUUUGCUUUUAGAGAAUGACAGCUUUUUUUAGUGCACUAAGAGGGGAUGCCGUCAUUUUAAAUUGACAUUGAGUGAUCUAACAGUAGCGUAUUUGCAAAUAAUAUGUUUUUACUUUUGAACAAAAAAAUGCCUUUAGUGACACUGUGAAGGUUGGGUCAUUCCCUGCUGUUCAAAGUUGCACACAUUCCAUAGACAGUUUGUGAUCUCCCAGUGCUUCAAAUGAACACAUCCUGCUAAACCCAUUGACUUUCAUGCAACAAUUAAUUGACACUUUCUAUACAACAUUGCUAAUGUCUUUUAUGAGCUUCCAGUACCUCUGUAUUAACAGGGGGCCAACACUGUAUGCAGUUUGGUAUGAUAUCAGUCUGAACAGUUGACAGCUUCUAAUUAUACAGUUUCAGUCAAAAAAAAAAAAAAAACUAACAUCUUAACAUAUUUAUGCAUUAGGUUGUAACCAGAGGUCAUGCCAAAGCAUUAACGUUUCUCUUCUGCCACUCAGUGACUCGAUUUUGCCUUCCCUGUUGAGGUUUAGUACUUUUAUUUCUCUCUGUUUAGAGAGACAUUUUCAGUGAUAACCCCUCUAUACCCCAUGGACUGUGAAAGUAUCGGUGUCCUGCUGCCAACUGUUUGCCUUUAGCUUCUGCUAUAUUUUUAUACAAACUAUAAGUACAUUUAAUAUUCAAGAAAUAAAAGUGUUGCGUUAAAUAUGA